UAAGAACGGAGGGAGUACAUUAAGUAGAUAGUUCAAUAGACACCGCAUAUCUCUAUAUAAUAUUUCUCUUCUAUCACAAAUCAAAUCAGAUAUAUUACUUCUCUAUUUUCUUCACUUCUCAUUCUAAUGAAUGUUUGGUCUAUGUAUAUAUUAGCAAAUCAUUUUCAAAGACAAAAUCCUUAAAAUUAUCAAACACCAACCAAACCUCUAAUAGCUCUGUCCAUUUUCCACACUCCUCAGUCCUCAGUCCUCACACUUCGCAUCACCUUCCUUCUGCUUUCAAACACACUGAUCAUUUAACACUCACAGUUCUGAAUGAAUGGCCACCUUUUUCUACUUACAUUGCUUUCUUCUUCUUCAUCUUCUUCUAUUUUCAUCUUUCUCUGUUCAAGCUCAAGAGUCUAACCACGAAAACAUGAACCCAUCUGAUCUGAAAGCUCUUCUUUCCAUCAAGAACACUCUCACCGAACUCUCAUCCGCGAAACCCUUCUUCUCCACCUGGAACCUCACCGCACCUGAUCCCUGCUCCUCCUUCUCCGGCGUCACCUGCACAUUCUCCCGAGUCACCAUCCUCUCACUCGGCGCUGACUCACUCCCACUCGCCGGAUCACUCCCUCUAUCAAUCUCCUCACUCACCGAGUUAACCCAGCUCAUUCUCUCCCCCGGAAUCGUCACCGGUUCCAUCCCACCCCAACUCGCCCGACUCACCAAGCUCCGAGUCAUCUCCUUACCCAACAACCGCCUCACCGGAACCAUCCCCUCUACGUUCUCCUCCCUCACCAACCUCCACACCCUCGACCUGAGUCACAACCAACUCGCCGGGUCAAUCCCGCCGAGCCUCACCGAGUUGCCACAACUCAGAGUCCUCAUCCUCGCCUCCAACUCACUCACUGGGCCGUUACAAAGUUCCGUUUCCUCGCCGUUACUUCACCUGGAUUUCAAGAACAACAAACUCACCGGACCGUUACCACCGUCACUUCCGUCAUCUCUCCGUUAUCUGUCGCUUUCGAAGAACCGAAUGUGGGGCCCUCUCCCCAACGGCUUAGAGUCACUCUCAGAGUUAGAGUUCCUUGACCUUAGCAUGAACCAAUUCAGUGGGCCCAUCCCGGCCCAACUAUUCUUCAGGCCCACCUUGUCUUCACUCUUCUUGCAACGGAACAAUCUCUCUGGUGGGCUUCCACGUGGGCCUGGGCCCGACAAUAGACAACCAUCGAUCGGGUCCUCAUCGUACGGUCAAGGAUCAAUCGUCGAUCUGAGCCAUAACUCGUUAAGCGGGGAGCUUUCAACGGUGUUUGAUGGGGUCGAGAGCUUGUUCUUGAAUAACAACCGUUUGAUGGGGAGUGUGCCUGAGGAGUAUGUUAAGAGCGUGUGCCGGGGCAGCACCAGAACGCUGUACCUUCAGCACAAUUUCUUCACGGGGAUUCCGUUAGAAGCGGGGACGGUGUUGCCGGAUACGGCGUCGUUGUGCUUGUCUUACAAUUGCAUGGAGCUUCCGCCGGCGGUGAUGACGUGUCCGGCCAGUUCCGGGGAGGAAAUGUCAAGGCCGACAACGCAAUGUUCUGUCUUUCAAAAAGGCAGCAAUGGAGGCUAAUUGUAAUGGUGUUAUUAAUGGAUCGAGGACACAGGACACCUCAAUUUUCUGUAUUAUUAUUUUACUUAUUGAUAAUUUAAGCUGUAAUAUGUAUUUUAUAAAGCAAUAGUAGUGAAACGUACAAAAUUUUAGCUGAUUUUGUGUAUUAUAAUUUAUGGGGUUUUCUAAAUGACCCAUAGUGAAAAUUGGGUUAAAUAACUCAUGUUCUAUGUGGACCAAUCACAUUUAAAAUAAAUUUGUUGAAUUUUUUA